AUGAUUGAGUCGGAUUAUCCAUCUGCACCUCUGGCGAGUGAGCCUUAUCAUGAGACGCUGCUGCGUGCGCUCAAAAAGCACUACGAAACUGGAAAGAAUAAAUUUGCAUUUGUAGAUGGGGAGAGACCGGAACGUGGUGUGACAUUCAGAUUGGUGCACGAUCAAGCUUAUUCCAUCUCCGCAUUUCUUCAUGAGAAAGGCUUUGGUAAGGAUGUUGCAUGUGUGGUAAUCCCGAAUCUCUGGCAAUAUGCGCCAUUCUUCCUGGGAGUAGCUCUUAGAGGUGGAGCUGUUUCUGGAGCAUCUGCUAUGUUCACGGAUUUUGAACUACAAAGGCAAUUUGUUGAUUCCGGAGCAAAAGUGGUGCUUACCUCAGAGGAUUAUCUUGAAAAGGUCUUGAAAGCAGUGAAGCAGAGCCCGAAUGUUAAGAUGGUGAUAUACAUACCCAAAGAGGACGACCAUCCAGUCCCUGAAGGAGUUGUGAGCUGGAAUAAAGUCGUGAGAACUCGCUACAAUCCGAAGACUGUACCAAAAGCUGACAUUGAUUUGGAUAAAGAUAUGAUAAUCUUACCCUACUCCAGUGGCACUACAGGCUCUCCGAAAGGUGUUAUGCUCUCUCAUAGCAAUUUUGGUACGAUGAUGAACAUAUACUUGAAACACGAAGCUACUAACAUUGUACCUCUCAUUGCCGAUGACUGGGAUUACCAACGAGAAAAACUAAUGCUGUUUCUCCCAUUUUAUCAUGCCUUCGGUUUCGGUCUCCUCAACCUUAGCUUGCUGCAAGGCUCAACAGGAGUAGUUUUCAAGCAUUUCGAACCCAAUCAGUUCUGCAGAGCGAUACAGGAUCAUAAAAUCCAACUCCUACCUCUCGUGCCACCAAUUCUGGUGUUUCUAGCCAAGCAUCCAAUCUGUGAUCAGUACAAUCUCUCAUCAAUAAAAGUUCUAAUUUGCGGAGCCGCCCCGGCUGGCCGAGAUAUAUGCGAGGAGUUGUCGAAAAAAUAUAAAAACAUCAAGUACAUUUCACAAGGCUAUGGCAUGACAGAAUGCACAAUGGCAUCCCAUGUGCCGGAUCUCAAAAAUAAUGUUCCUUUCGGAAGUGUAGGAAAAGUUGCUUCAAAUUUACGAAUGAAGAUAAUUGAUCCUUCGACUGGGAAGGAAAUGCCGGCAGGAAUGCCUGGCGAGAUCUGCAUCAAGGGACCAACGGUUAUGCUUGGCUAUUUAGGCAAGCCAGAUGCGACAAAAAGCACGAUCAUUAACGGUUGGCUGCAUACAGGUGACAUUGGCUAUGUGGACGAAUAUAGAAAUUUAUUUAUUGUCGAUCGACUCAAGGAACUUAUCAAAGUCAAGGGAUUACAGGUUGCACCUGCCGAGCUGGAAGAUCUGCUUUUGGCACAUCCUUUAAUUCGUGAUGCUGCAGUUAUCGGAAUACCUGAUAAACGUUCUGGUGAAUUACCGCGUGCAUUCGUCGUUCGAGCAUCAGAUAGCUUGACUGAAGAAGAUGUAAAAGCCUGGAUCAAAGACAAAGUGUCUUCGCAUAAACAACUUGCUGGAGGAGUAGAAUUCUUGCGAGAGAUUCCGAAAUCACCUGCUGGAAAAAUUUUGCGAAGAGUGUUACGCGAUCGUGUUCCGUCAAAACUUUAAAUAAUGCUAGCGAAAACAUGCUA